CUUCGAACAACGUACAGGAUAUAAUAGAAAGUCGCGUUGAAAAGAGAACAAAAGGUGUUUAUGUUCCUAUCGGAGGAAAGAAAUUAAUCACGUUUAUGGAUGAUUUUAACAUGCCUGCUAAAGAUACAUUUGGUUCCCAGCCUCCGUUAGAGUUGAUCCGACUGUGGUUAGAUUAUGGUUUCUGGUACGAUAGACAGAAACAGACCGUCAAAUAUAUCAAGGACAUGUUAUUAGUGGCUGCUAUGGGCCCACCAGGUGGAGGUAGAAUGGUUAUAUCACGACGUCUACAGAGUAGAUUCAACCUUAUCAAUAUGACCUUCCCACAUGAAUCUCAGAUAAAGCGAAUAUUUGGUAGUAUGAUCAACCAGAAGUUACAAGAUUUCGAGGAGGAAGUAAAACCAAUCGGUGACGUGAUGACACAAGCUACGAUAGAGAUGUAUAACUCUGUGGUUUCAAACUUUCUACCAACGCCAGCUAAAAUACAUUAUCUCUUUAAUCUCAGAGAUAUCUCAAAGAUUUUCCAAGGAUUAUUACGAGCUAAUAAAGUUUACCAUGAUACGAAGGCCGCUAUGACCAGAUUGUGGAUUCACGAAUGUUUCAGAGUAUUUUCCGAUCGUUUAGUCGAUGAGAAGGACUAUGAAACAUUUGUAGGGAUUUUAACGGAGAAACUUGGUUCUCAGUUUGAUCAAACGUUCCACAAUAUCUGUCCGAAUAAACAACCACCAAUAUUUGGUGAUUAUAUAAAUACCGACCAGGUUUAUGAAGAUAUAACUGAUAUAAAUGCGUUAAAGAAACAUAUGGUUGAGAUGUUGGCUGAGUAUAAUAGUUCCCCAGGUGUUGUCAGCAUGGAUCUUGUUUUAUUUAGAGAUGCUAUAGAACAUGUAUCUAAGAUAGUACGUGUUAUUCGCCAACCUCGUGGUAACAUGUUAUUGGUUGGUAUUGGAGGAAGUGGACGUCAGAGUUUAACACGAUUAGCUGCAAACAUGUGUGAAUAUUCAACAUUCCAAAUAGAAAUAACAAAACUUUACAGACGGAAUGAAUUCAGAGAUGAUUUAAAGAAGUUGUAUUGGCAGACAGGAGUGGAGAAUAAACCUACGGUGUUCUUGUUUAAUGACACGCAGGUCGUGGAGGAGAGUUUCCUAGAAGAUACAAAUAAUGUGUUGAGUAGUGGAGAAGUUCCUAAUUUAUAUAAAACAGAGGAAUUUGAAGAGGUACGAAAUGCAUUAGCUGAUGAAGUAAAAGCGCAGGGUAUUGAUGAUACAGCCCAGAGCGUUUUCGCAUUUUUAAUUGAUCGAGUACGAGCUAAUCUUCAUGUUGUAUUAUGUAUGAGUCCAGUUGGUGAAGCUUUCAGAAACCGUAUUCGUAUGUAUCCAGCAUUUGUUAAUUGUACAACGAUAGAUUGGUUCAGUGAAUGGCCACAAGAUGCGUUGUUAGAAGUUGGUAAUAAAUAUCUAUCAGAAACAUCACUCGGUAGUGAGGAGGAUGAUAAACUGAAACCCCAAGUGGCUGCCAUGUUUUCAAUCAUGCAUAAAUCUGUGUCAGAAUAUUCACAAAGAAUGUUGGCUGAGAUGAGACGUCAUAAUUAUGUUACUCCCACUAACUAUCUGGAACUCGUCUCGGGAUAUAAAAAAUUGUUAUUUGAGAAGCGUAAAGAAUUGGGUGAUGCCGCCAACAAAUUAAGAAAUGGUUUGAGUAAAAUUGACGACACUCGUGAAAAAGUACAGAACAUGUCCGUAGAAUUAGAAACAGCUAAAGUGAAAGUAGCCCAGUUUCAGAAACAGUGUGAAGAAUAUCUGGUCGUUAUUGUUCAACAGAAACGAGAAGCAGACGAACAACAGAAGUCUGUAGCUCAGAAAGGUGAACGUAUCGCUGAAGAAGAAACAAAAUGUCGUCACAUGGCUGAACUGGCUCAGACAGAUUUAGAUGAAGCUCUGCCUGCUCUACAGGAGGCUAUCAAGGCUUUAGAAUCGUUGAAUAAGAAAGAUAUGACAGAAAUUCGAUCCUAUGGCCGACCACCCCCACUAGUCGAAAAGGUUAUGGAAGCCGUCAUGAUUCUUAGAGGAAAUGAACCAACGUGGGCUGAAUCCAAAAAACAGCUUGGUGAUGGUAAUUUCCUGAAACAGUUAAUGAACUUUGAUAAAGAUAACAUCACCGAUCGAAUUCUGAAGAAAAUUGGACAAUAUUGUGCGCUUGCCGACUUUCAGCCUGAGGUCAUAGGUCGUGUGUCACGGGCUGCCAGAUCAUUGUGUAUGUGGGUACGAGCUAUGGAAGUUUAUGGACGUAUUUAUCGUGUGGUGGAACCAAAGCGCCAGAGAUUAAACGGCGCCAUGUCACAACUAAAAGAGAAACAGGAUGCAUUGUCGGACGCUAAAUCGAAAUUAGCCGAGGUGGAAGAGAAGAUGACAAAGUUAAAAUUAGAAUACGACGAGAAACUCGCUCAGAAAGAAGAGUUAAAACGUAAAGCAGAACACACUGAAAUGAUGCUAGAUCGAGCCUCAAAACUUGUAUCAGGUUUAGCUGGAGAACGAAUCAGAUGGCAGGAAACAGUCAAGGAUUUAGAAGAACGUAUGGGAUAUUUAGUGGGUGAUUGUUUAAUUGCUGCAGCCUUCCUUUCCUACAUGGGACCAUUUUUAUCAGACUAUAGAGAUGAACUUGUUCAAACAAGAUGGAUGAAAGAGGUUCGUAAACUGGGUCUACCAUGUGAUCCAUGUUUUAGUUUCUGUGGUUUUAUGAGUAAACCAACACAAGUUAGAGACUGGAACAUCCAGGGACUACCUAGCGAUAGCUUCUCCACGGAGAACGGAGUUAUCGUAACACGAGGUAGCCGUUGGCCGCUGAUGGUGGAUCCACAAGGACAGGCUAUUAAAUGGAUCAAAAAUAUGGAGGGUGUCAAGGGGUUAAAGGUUGUUGAUUUACAACAGAAUGAUUAUAUGAGAACGUUGGAAGGAGCCGUACAGUUUGGUUUGCCCGUUUUAUUACAGAACGUCCAGGAGAAACUCGACCCAUCGCUUGAUCCUAUACUCAAUAAAUCUCUGAUGAAAAUAGGUGGAGCAUGGAUUAUAAGGCUAGGUGAUAAAGAGGUAGAAUAUAAUUUUGAUUUCCGUUUCUACAUCACCACUAAACUCAGCAAUCCUCACUAUCCACCAGAAAUCUCCACCAAAUCCACCAUUGUUAAUUUCGCAGUUAAAGAACAAGGUCUAGAAGCCCAGUUACUGGGUAUAGUUGUCCGUAAGGAACGACCAGAAUUAGAGGAACAGAAAGACAGUUUAGUCCGAAACAUCGCCUCCGGUAAAAAGAAAUUAGUAGAAUGUGAAGAUGAAAUUCUCAGGUUAUUGAAUGAAACUAAGGGAUCUCUGUUGGAUGAUGAACAGUUGGUGAACACACUGCAGACAUCAAAAACUACAUCACAGGAAGUUUCGGAACAAUUACAAAUAUCAGAACAGACAGAAGCCAAGAUUGAUGCUGCUCGAGAGGGAUAUCGACCAUGUGCCCAGAGAGCAUCCAUUCUGUUUUUUGUUCUGAACGACAUGAGUAGAAUUGAUCCGAUGUACCAGUUCUCACUUGAUGCCUACAUUGAGCUGUUCAUCUUAUCAAUUGAGAAAAGUCAGCGAAGUUCAAAACUUGAGGAACGAAUCCAGAAUCUUAAUGAUUAUCAUACCUACGCUGUUUACAGGUAUACAUGUCGAGGAUUGUUUGAAAGACAUAAGUUACUCUUCUCAUUCCAAAUGUGUGCCAAGAUUCUCGAACAUGCCGGUAAAAUCAACAUGGAUGAAUAUAAUUUCUUCUUACGUGGUGGAGUGGUGAUAGAUCGUGAGAAUCAGAUGGAUAAUCCGUGUUCCACCUGGCUAUCGGAUAACGCUUGGGAUAAUAUCACAGAACUGGAUAAACUCACUAACUUUCAUGGUGUUAUAACAUCAUUUGAACAAUAUCCACGAGAUUGGAAUAUUUGGUUUACCUCCCCUGAACCAGAAACAACAGGACUUCCAGGUGAAUGGGAUAAUGCUUGUAAUGAACUACAGAAGAUGUUAAUUGUACGAUCGCUGCGACCUGAUCGUGUUUCAUUCUGUGCCACGUCAUUCAUUGUUAAUAAUCUGGGGUCAAAGUUCGUCGAGCCGCCAGUGUUAGACAUGCAGUCUGUUGUUGAAGAUUCGACCACCCGUACCCCGUUGAUCUUCGUUCUGUCAGCUGGUGUGGAUCCCACAAGUUCUCUUCAUCAGCUGGCUGAGAAUUGUAGAAUGAGUUCAAAGUUCCACACUCUGUCCUUAGGUCAAGGUCAGGCUCCCAUAGCAACCAGAUUGAUUAAACAAGGAGUAAGAGAGGGUCACUGGGUG